AUGGCCACCCAGGCCGAGGCAGAGACCCUCCUCAUCGCCGCCGCCGCGUCCCACGGGCUCGCCAUCGCCCCUCACCAGAUUCGCGCCGUCCUGGCCGAACAUGGUGAUCCUGCCGCCGAGGAGCUGGCUUGCUGGGCCGUCUCCAACCUAUCCGCCGACAAUCUCCUCACCGUCGACGAGCUGUCACUGUACGCACAAACCCAUCCCUCUCUUCGUCCCCCCCCCCCCAGAUAUAACUCCCUCGACGCCAGCGGACGGGUGGACAGCCUCCUCGCUGAGCUCCAGGACGACGACACGACAUCGCCGCUGCCCCUCCCCGCAUCGCACCACCACGAAGCCCUCGUCGCCGUCGUCCAAGACCUCACCCGCUCCACCGAUGCCCUCGGCAAGCAAGCUGAAACCCUGCGUCACCGCCGCGCCGCCUGCGAGCGUCUGGUAGCGAAUCGCGCCCAAGCCCACGCCACCCGCCGCGACCUCGAGGCCUCCCGCCGUCUGAAGCUCGACUCUGAGCGUGUACGAAUCGAAUCCGAGGUACCAUCACUCCCUGCCCCCCGCCUUGUUUUGCCUCUUGCUCGUACCUCUGCGAGACAAGUUUGCCUCGGCGUCAACUUGCAUCAGAUUCUGGAUUCACAUUUGACACACGGCCUCGAGUUUCGCAUCGCAGAGCUUACCAACAACGACCGCCCCUCGUCCCUCCACACCUCCCUCGACCCCAUCCUCCGCUCGGAUGACGCACUCCUCGCCAGCCUGCACAAGCUGGGCUGGGAGCUGAGCGAACCCGACCCGGAGGAGGCCAAGUCCACAGACAAGCUACGAGAGACAUGUCUACGGUUGAUCAAAAUCACCGUCGAGACGAUCCGGACGCGCCUCGACACUACCUACCUGACCACCCUCGCCGCCGCCCAGCAAGCCCCAGACUACACCACCGCCGACCCUGAUGACGUCGACGCCCUCCAAGCUGAGCUCGAGUCCCUGUACGCCGAGGUGCUGCCCGUCGCGCAGAUGUCAGUCGAGCAGCAGCACCUCGAGCCUGCCCUCGCCGGCGUCGCCGCCCGCACCGGCCGUGGCCUGCGCAAGACGACCUCGUCCCUCGCCUACGCCGACCGCUGCCUGGACCACCUCCUCUCCCGCGCCAACGCUCUCCACGCCCGCGCGGAGCUGCACGCCGCGCACACCCGCUCUGUCCACCGCGUCGUCGCCAUCGCCCGCGACGAGAUGGCCUCCGACGUCCUCCAACCCACCACUAGGGAGACGCCAUCCCCCGCCAAGCCCCCCUCGCGAAGCAAGCGCCUCUCGCGGGACCUCUCCCACCACCGUCGCCGCUCAUCUGGCGUGCACGACUUCCCCGUCGCCCUCGACACGCUGAUGCAGUCGCUCGCCCUCCCUGUCGAGUCCUACGGCGACGGCAGCAACAGCCCGUCGGCGCAGAUCGCCAGCCUGGCCAGGAUCCUGCGCGAGCGCCGGCAGAAAGACGCUGCUGCUUCGCGCGUCGCCCAGGACGAGCUGGAGGCGCUCGCCGGGGAGCGCCUGGCCGACGCGCGACGGGCCGUGCAGCGCCUCCGCGAGAGCGUCCUCGCAGAGACGCCGUUUGGCAGCGCGCCGGGCAGCCUAGCCGACCCGGGCAUCGAGCAGUCGGUCGAUGUGCUGGCGCAGGAAGUGCGCAAGGCGCGCGAUAAGCUGGACAGCGUGGAUAUGGGUGACGUGGGCUGGGGGAGUCUCAAGAGGGACGAGUUUAUCGAGCGCUGGGCGCGGUAG